GUCGUCUAGCAUAGAUGGGGCUGGCUGAGAUGUUGUGUUUCUCUAAAAUAUAAAUACUUUUUCGCGAAGAAAUGUAUUUGACCAGCAGUUGUGCGAUAUGCGAAGAAUGUGCUAGUUCGUCUGAUGUGAUUCCCGCGAUCGUGCAGUCCCACCAGAGCGCUGAGGUGGCUUUUUCCUCGCGGUAGAGGGGAAGUGUCGCAGUGUCACAAGUCGCGAUUAUUGUCAAAGUGCGCCUCGUAUUUUAAAGGUGGAAGAAAAAUGGCUCGACGAGGAAUUUCACAACAUUUUCCCAGCCCGUGAGCCAUGGUGCACGGCGUAGAGAGUGCAGUGAGUGGGUGAGAACAGCGAGGGACUGCAGUGUUCUGUGAUAAGUGUGUGGAAUUAGUGGCACAAGGUCGGGCGCACGGGGGCUCCAGAAGGGCGGAUAUUGUCGUGUGCAAAAGUGUGAUUCAUCCCGGACUAAAUCGCACCCAACAUGUCCAAUCGCAUCAGAUCCGUCUUGUCCGUGAACCUGGACGCAGCCACAUUGGCCAACGAUCCGCUCCGGGAGCUCUUUGAGGCCUGCAAGACGGGCGACAUUGUCACGGUGAAGAAGCUCAUCACGCCCCAGACAGUCAAUGCUCGGGACACGGCUGGCCGGAAGUCCACACCACUCCACUUUGCAGCUGGAUACGGUCGUCGGGAGAUUGUGGAGUAUUUGCUGGCCAAUGGCGGGUCGAUUCAGGCGCGCGACGAGGGAGGACUUCAUCCGCUGCACAAUUGCUGCAGCUUCGGGCAUGUGGACGUCGUGCGGGUGCUGCUGGAGGCCGGAGCGAAUCCCAACAUCAAGGACAACUGGAACUACACGCCGCUGCACGAGGCGGCGUGCAAGGGGAAGGUGGACGUGUGCAUUGCGCUGCUGCAGCACGGCGCGGAUCCGAACAUAAGGAAUUCAGAGAACAAGACUCCGCUGGACUUGGCGGACGCCGUCACGCGGCCCGUGCUGACGGGUGAGCAUCGCAAGGAUGAGCUGCUGGAGGCGGCGCGAUCGGGCAAUGAGGAGACUCUCCUCGCCCUGCUCACGCCGCUCAACGUCAACUGCCACGCGAGUGACGGACGCAAGUCGACGCCGCUGCAUCUGGCGAGCGGCUACAACAGGAUCCGCAUUGUGAAGAUUCUGCUGCAGAAUGGAGCGGAUGUCCAUGCGAAAGAUAAAGGUGCUCUCGUGCCGUUGCACAAUUCCAGCUCUUAUGGCCACUUCGAGGUGACGGAGUUGCUGCUGAAGCACGGCGCGCACGUGAAUGCAAAUGACCUGUGGGCUUUCACGCCACUCCACGAGGCCGCGUCCAAGAGUCGCGUGGAAGUGUGCAGUCUGCUGCUGAGCGAAGGAGCCGAUCCGACGCUCCACAAUUGUCACAGCAAGUCGGCGAUUGAUUCAGCGCCAACGAGGGAAUUGCAAAACAAAAUUGCCUAUGAAUACAAGGGGCAUUGUUUGCUCGACGCUUGUCGCCAAUCGGAUAUUUUGCGCAUAAAGAAGAACCUCAAUUCCGACACUGUGAAUUUUGCACAUCCAUAUUUGGGCGAGACGCCUCUCCAUGCCGCUGUGCGGUCGGUGUCGCCGAAGCGGAAGCAGGUCAUUGAGUUGCUCAUCAAGAAAGGUGCCCUCUUGAAUGAGCGCAACACAGAGUAUCUCACGCCUCUGCACGUGGCCACGGAAUUGUCGCACUACGAUGUGAUGGAUUGCCUUCUGAAAUAUGGUGCCAAAGUGAAUGCUCUGGAUGGAUUGGGUCAGACUGCGCUGCAUUUGUGUGCCAAGCAGGGAAAUAUUCAAGCGUGCCGGAUACUCUUCACAUACUCAGUGGAUGCAACGAUAGUGUCACUACAGGGAUUUACUGCUGCCCAGCUGGCGCCUGAGUGCAUGGCCAACAUCCUGCGUGAUCCGCCGUCCACGGAUUUGGAGAUUGAAUUGCUGGAAGCGGCCAAGACCGGUGAUCUCAUGACUGUUCGUCGAAUUAUAAUCUCCCAUCCGGAGAUGGUGAAUUGCCGUGAUCUGGAUGGGAGGAACUCCAGUCCACUCCACUUUGCGAGUGGCUUCAAUCGAGUUCCUGUUGUUGAAUUCCUCCUCAAGCACGGCGCAGAGGUUCAUGCAUCUGACAAAGGUGGUUUGGUGCCAUUGCAUAAUAGUUGCUCUUAUGGGCACAUCGAAGUGACUGAGCUGCUGCUGAAGCACGGCGCCAAUGUGAAUGUGGCGGAUUUGUGGAAAUUCACGCCACUUCACGAGGCCGCGGCGAAGGGGAAGUAUGAGAUUGUGAAGCUACUGCUGAAGCACGGUGCUGAUCCCAAUAAGCGCAAUCGUGACGGAGCCACUCCGUUGGAUCUCGUGCGUGAGGGUGAUCAGGAUGUGGCUGAUCUGUUGCGUGGCAAUGCGGCACUCCUGGAUGCGGCGAAGAAGGGCAAUUUGGCGCGUCUUCAGCGUCUCGUCACGCCGGAGAAUAUCAAUUGUCGUGACUCUCAAGGGAGAAAUUCAUCGCCGCUGCAUUUGGCGGCGGGAUACAAUAAUUUCGAGGUGGCGGAGUAUCUGUUGGAAAAUGGGGCUGAUGUGAAUGCUCAGGACAAGGGUGGAUUGAUUCCACUGCACAAUGCUUCCAGCUUCGGGCACAUGGACAUUGCGGCUCUGCUGAUAAAGCACAACACCAAAGUCAAUGCCACGGACAAGUGGGGCUUCACGCCAUUGCACGAGGCGGCGCAGAAGGGGCGCACGCAACUCUGUGCACUGUUGCUGGCUCACGGGGCGGAUUCCUAUGUGAAGAAUCAGGAGGGACAGACGCCCAUUGAAUUGGCCACGGCGGAGGAUGUGAAGUGUCUGCUGCAGGACGCCAUGACGGCCUCAAUUGCCACUCAACCAUCGCAAUCCAGCGUUUCUGCCGUCGCGCCCAUGACAAAUGUCGCCAGCAAUCAGGCCACAAUGAUUUCGCCCAUCACGGAGACUGUGACUCUGCCCACUGGCGCGUCGAUGACACUGUCGAUUCCCGUGCCACAGAUGGCGAGCAGGGGAUCACUGAGUCCGCCACAGGGAGCGGAGAACAACGCUGAUCCCGAUCUGGAUGUUCCUGAGCAGUCUGUGCAGGAGUCGAUCAACACAGUGGCGGGAUUCCUGUCGGGUCUGCAGCUCGAUCAUCUGGUGGAUUUGUUCGAGAGGGAGCAAAUCACGCUGGAGAUACUCGUGGAGAUGGGUCAUGAGGAUCUUAAGCAGAUUGGCGUGUCUGCGUAUGGAUUCCGCCACAAGAUCAUCAGAGGGAUUGCCAAGUUGAGAGCGACGACAGGAUUGGGACUCACGCCGAGUCCCUUCACACUCCUGGUGGAUCUCCUGCCGGACGACAAGGAGUUCUUGGCUGUGGAGGAGGAGAUGCAGGCCACAAUUCGUGAGCAUCGUGAUAAUGGUCAGUCCGGCGGAUACUUCAAUCGCUACAACAUCAUCAGGAUCCAGAAGGUGCAGAACAGAAAGCUGUGGGAGCGCUAUGCUCAUCGGCGGCAGGAGAUUGGCGAGGAGAACUCCCAUCAGGCGUGCGAAAGGAUGCUCUUCCACGGCAGUCCCUUCAUUAAUGCCAUCGUGCAGAAGGGCUUCGAUGAGCGUCACGCGUACAUUGGCGGCAUGUUCGGCGCGGGCAUUUACUUCGCCGAGCACAGCUCGAAGAGCAAUCAGUACGUCUAUGGCAUCGGCGGUGGGAUUGGAUGCCCGACGCACAAGGACAAAUCCUGCUACUUGUGCUCCAGACAAUUGCUGCUGUGUCGCGUGGCGCUGGGUAAAUCUUUUCUGCAAUUCAGCGCCAUGAAGAUGGCUCACGCGCCUCCUGGUCAUCACUCAGUCAUCGGAAGGCCGUCCGCUGGUGGUCUGCACUUUCCCGAGUACGUGGUUUAUCGCGGAGAGCAGGCUUAUCCGGAGUACUUGGUGACAUAUCAGAUUGUGAAGCCGGAGGACACGUCGAGUGGCACGGAGGAGGCGACGAGUUGAUGGACAGUGAAGCCAGUGCAAGCGGCGGCGGCGGACAGGAGAACCACGACGAUUAAUCUGUGUCGCAACAAGCUCAACCACUUUCUCGUCGUCACGCCGGCCGUGUCAAUUGAGCCGUACACGAAGGGUCACGCGCACGUGUGCGACACGCAGCUCAUCUCCACGGACGCGAUGGACAAUCGGGAGAACAACAAUGUGUCCCCGAAGCGCUGGUGCUCGUUCAUCUGCGCCGCCGUGCGCUGCUUCGGCGACGCGCCGCACACGCAAACGCGCCUGGCGAGGCCGCAUCGCUAUCGCCUGGCCGCGCCCGAGGGCAACGGCUUCUACGUGGCCAAGUCGCGCGACAAGAACCUCAACAUCACGUAUCAGUUGUGACGCCUGACAUCUUGCCCAGACGCUCCCGCCCGCAGUGAUUGGACGUGAUUCCGGGACACGCGAGCGUGCGUGUUUCGGUUACUCUAAGAUUUUACUUUGUCUGUAAUUUAGCUGUACUUCCCCAUGAAUGUAGGAUUGCAAUUCACCGAUUACACGUCAUUGCCGAGUUCUGCAUUAAAAGAAUGGCCGUAAAAAGAG